AUGACUGUCGCCUUGAAAGAAGACCCUGACCUUGCCUUAACUAAGGCCAUGCACGGCAAGUCCUCAGAAGAGAGAAAUGCCUUCUUCGCCAUGCUGAAAAAGAACAACGCGGCCCAUCGCGAGGUCACAAAUGAAUAUGUGCGCCGGUGGAGGACCGAAAAAGGCAUCGACGGAACCACCGAUGAAGCCAGAAAGGAGAGAACAACCGAGUACAUGGAAGUGGUCAACAAUUACUACGAUCUCGCAACGGACUUUUACGAAGAGGCGUGGGCCCAGUCAUUCCACUUCUGUCGGUUUACCAUCGGCGAGCCCUUCCUCCAGGCUCUAGCGCGCCAUGAGCAUUACUUAGCUUAUAAACUAGGUAUUAGGAAGGAAAUGGAGGUGUUAGAUGUUGGCUGCGGUGUCGGGGGGCCAGCGAGAGAAAUUGCUCGGUUUACCGGGUGUCAAGUGGUUGGAAUCAACAAUAAUGGAUAUCAGAUUGCGCGUGCGGCGCGGCAUACACAGAAGGCCGGUCUGGAGGAGCAGGUCUCUUUCUUCAAGGGUGAUUUCAUGCAUCUGGACUUCCCAGAAGAUACCUUUGAUGUAGUGUAUGUCCUCGAAGCCACAGUCCACGCCCCGAGCCUUCAAAAAGUAUACGAGCAGAUCUUUCGCGUCCUCAAACCCGGCGGGCGCUUCGGAGUAUAUGAAUGGGUCAUGACAGAUAAGUUCGACGAGUCGAAUCCCAAGCACCGUGCGAUCCGAUUGGGAAUUGAACGCGGCAAUGGAAUUGUCAACAUGCGUACUGCUGCCGAGGCAAUCGAAGCUAUCCAGGCGGCUGGCUUUAUUCUUGAACACGAGGAAGACCUAGCUGCCCGGCCGGACCCCAUUCCAUGGUACUAUCCUAUUGCAGGAGAGUUACGACACGCGAGAAGCCUCUGGGAUAUGCUUACUGUUCUGCGUAUGACAAAACUCGGCCGAGGGGCGAUGGGCUACCUGCUGUGGACGCUGGAGACCCUGCGGCUGGCCCCGUCUGGAACAGCAGAAACAGCCACCGAGCUCGCGGGGGGCGCCGAUAAUCUCGUCGAAGGAGGUAGACUCGGUCUCUUUACUCCGAUGCAUCUUAUGAUUGGGAGAAAGCCGACUCUUUAG